ACACACACACCCGUGGACUCUGGGUAGGGGGGGGGGGGCUGCCACACCCUCCUCAGAAUCACCAUGAGGAGAAAGAGCAAAGGAGAGAGAAGAGGAGCGCAGGACAGGAACAACUGAGAGCAAAGACGAGAGACCGGGACACACACACGCACACACACACGCACUGGCCACAGGUACGUUCCUGUGCUCUGUCUUCAACACUGUGAGGACGAGACCCAGACAGACACGUGUACACGGGACAAAGUGAUGGAAUAAUUCUGACCACCACAUAUGUCAACUUUACUGGAGGACCAUCGCUGUUGGAUGACACAUCUGAGGGCCAACUCUUCAGGAGGACAGUUGUUUAGGCUAACUUUAAGGCUAACUUUACUGAAUGUUGACAGCACCACAGGCUAACUGCUUGCUAACUGCAGUGGAGCAGAACUACCACAGGCUAACUGUACUGGCUAACUCUAGUGGAACAUCACAACCACAGGCUAACUGCUGGCUAACUACAGUGGAGCAGGCUAACUGUGCUGGCUAAGUGCAGUGGAACAUUACAACCACAGGCUAACUGUGCUGGCUAACUGCAGUGGAGUAAAACUACCACAGGCUAACUGUGCUGGCUAAUGCUAAUUUUAUCAGAUUCUAUUUGAGAGCCCAAGAUCAUUGCUGCCUAAUUAUCCUGGAGAUUAACACUACUGCUGGCUAAUUAUAGCAAAUGCUAAUAUUAUUGGAUAGAUUGGACUGACUAUAUUGUUUUCUAUCUCUAUUGUACUGGACUCUGCUAUUGGCUCAUUACACUGACUGCUCUACUGCUGUUUACCUGUGCUGUAGUUGUGUGCUGUAACUUUACUAUAGCCUCUGGUCAGGAGGCUAGCUCUACUGGACUGCUACUUCUAGCGGAGGCUAGGUCUACUACACACUCUGAUCAAGAGGCUAACUCUACUGCACUGCUACUUCUAGCGGAGGCUAGCUCUACUAUCUCUACUGCGCUGCUAUUUCUAGCGGAGGCUAGCUCUACUAUCUCUACUGCGCUGCUACUUCUAGCGGAGGCUAGCUCUACUAUCUCUACUGCGCUGCUACUCUUAGCGGAGGCUAACUCCAUUAGACUGCUACUUCUAGUGGAGGCUAGCUCCCCUACACAUUCUAGUCAAGAGACUAAUUCUAGUGCACUGCCAACUUUAGCGGAGGCUAACUCCUCUACACACUCUAGUCAGGAGGCUAGCUCUACUGUGCUGCUAACUUUAGCGGAGGCUAACUCCUCUACACACUCUAGUCAGGAGGCUAGCUCUACUACGCUGAUAACGCUAGCGGAGGCUACCACAGCGCCCCCUGGUGGUGCAGUAUGGUGCAGCAUGUGGACCUGCGUGCGGUGUCCCAACCUCUGGGCAUCCUGCGCGUGCUGGAGGUGGCGCUGACGCUGGUGAGCUUCGCCCUGGUGGCGUCGGUGGGGCACCUGUCCUCGUCCUACUGGGCCUGGUGCAUGUUCAGCUGGGUGUUCUGCUGCGCGCUCACCCUGCUGAUCCUGGUGCUGGAGUUCAGCACGCUCAGCGCGCGCCUGCCCAUCUCCUGGGACGACUUCACCACCGCCUUCGCCAUGCUGGCCGCUCUCAUGCUGCUGGCCGCCUCCAUCAUCUACCCCUCCGUCGUGUUCUCCUGCCCCGACUGCGGACGCCAGGUGGCCGCCACCGUGGUGUCGUGGGUGAGCGUGGCGGCGUACAUCGGCGAGGUGGUGCUGGUCCGCUUCUUCCGGCGGUCGGGCCAGGUGAGCGGCUUCCUGUCCACGGUACCGGGCCUCCUGAAGAUCCUGGAGACGUUCGUGGCGUGCAUCAUCUUCACGUCGCUGGUCCCGGAGCGCUACGCGUCGCAUGCAGCGCUGCAGUGGUGCGUGGCCGUGUACGCGCUGUGCUUCAUCUUCGCCCUGCUCAUCAUCGUCCUCACCGUGGGCCAGCUGCUGACCUACAUCCCGUUCCUGGACAAGCUCGUCUGCAUCUACAAUGUCCUCGCCGUGCUCAUGUACAUGAGCGCGGUCGUCGUCUGGCCGCUCUACAGCUUCCAGAAGCAUCCGCGGCCCACCAACUGCACGGCCAGAAGCCCCUGUCUGGCCUGGGACGCGCUGGUCGUCGUGACGUUCAUGACGGUCAUCAACCUGGGGGUCUACAUCCUGGACGCCGCCUACUCCAUCCACCUGGUGUUCUUCGUUCAGCGACGGAGCUAGAAAGGGUCUCAAACACUGGCCCUACUUCUCACACACACACACACACACUGGCCCUACUCUCUCACACACACACACACACACACACACACACACACACACACACACUGGUCCUACUCUCUCACACACACACACACACUGGCCCUACUCACACACACACACACACUCACACACUCUUCGUGUUCCUGUGACUCUAUGACUGGCCUGGCAUAUGCACUGCAGCGUUUCACCUCUUUGUGUGGACGCAAGGUUUUGUUUUACCGGUGUCGUAAAAGGUGUGAAAACGGUAAGAAAAAAUAUAGCUGUUGUUUUGGUGUGGACAUGACCUAAUGACCUAAUGACCGUGUUCCUGUUUCCUGUUUGGUGUGGACAUGACCUAAUGACCGUGUUCCUGUUUCCUGUUUGGUGUGGACAUGACCUAAUGACCUAAUGACCGUGUUCCUGUUUCCUGUUUGGCGUGGACAUGACCUAAUGACCGUGUUCCUGUUUCCUGUUUGGUGUGGACAUGACCUAAUGACCGUGUUCCUGUGUGGACAUGACCUAAUGACUGUGUUCCUGUUUCCUGUUUGGUGUGGACAUGACCUAAUGACCGUGUUCCUGUUUCCUGUUUGGUGUGGACAUGACCUAAUGACCGUGUUCCUGUGUGGACAUGACCUAAUGACCUAAUGACCGUGUUCCUGUUUGGUGUGGACACACACACACACACACACACACACACACAUAGAGCAGAGGAGGAUGCAUGAGACUUCAGUCCGGUUUGCCCGUUUGUCCUUUAGAGGGCUCUGCCAUCAUUAGUUCCUGUGGGUGAACUGGACGUCACAUCAUUAGUUGUCCAUCAGGGGGCGUUCCAGUGACUCUGUCACUGAUGAUGGAUGAGGAACGCUUCUGAAAAAGAGACAUGGAUGAGAAAUCAAUGACUGCAGACAAAUGGUUUCUGUCUUUCUGACUUCCCGUCUUUCUUCUUGUGUGUGUGUGUGUGUGUGUGUUUAAGAUAUGAGAUGAGAUAAAAUAGCUUAAUACUCCCUUAUAACUCUAAAUAGCUGUGUUUCAUGCACAAGAAUUUUGCUUAAUGACAGGCUCUGGCAAUCAAAUUAGGGGCCCAUAUCUGAUUGGCACCCUGCACCCUGAUGUGCACAUUGCCCUUGUGACCCACCCCCAUUCUGGCUGCUAUCUGAGAAUGGUGUUGUGUCUGCAUGCUGCAGUAUUUGCUGCCACAGCAUCCUCUCUCUCAGUCUCUCAUAUUAGUGGAAUUCAGAACGCUGUUAGGUCCCAUGUGUGGUUGUUAAAACCCAAACAUUCCCAUGGGUUCUAGAACAAGAACAAAAAGGAACAGUCCACAUAGACAGCUACACAGAAACCCUGUAGUCUGCCCUCAGAGAGAGAGAGAGAGAGAGAGCGGGGAAACUAACCUCCAUCUAGUGCAGUGACUACUUCUGUCCAGUAGGGGGAGUCAGUAGUUGCUGGUGUUGAUUGGCAUCAACAGAGGAAAUUAUGUUUAAUGGACACUCCUUGGUAUAUAUUAUAGGUGGAUAAAGACUAUAGAUUUAGGAUAUAGCCUAUAGAUGUCCAUUCAGACAUGUAAAAGUAUAGUCUGAAGAGUUACCGGUAAUUAAGUAUUGAUAUGACAUUUCCAGCAGGAAUGGGUCUAAUGAGAGAUAUGCUAAUGUAGAUUUGCCAUGUUAGCGCUAAAGCGGAGGAUAUUUAAUGCUAAUGUAGAUUGAAAAUGACAUUUAAUGGACCAGUGCCACACCAUCCUUACGUGGGAAUGGAGCAGGAAAUGGGUUUCAGCCUUCCCUGGAGAGGAGGACCAGAGCAGGGAAGGGGGAGGAGAGCAACGAGAGAGAGAAUAUAUAUGUUAGAAAGAAAAAGAGAGAGAGAGAGAGAGAGAGAGAAGAUAAGUUGCCUUUGCCCUUGUGAGAAAUUUGAAAAUGAGUGGUGAAGGUCAGCUGAUUCUGAAUGGUUAAGGUUGAGGUUUGAGUCAUUAACUGCGUCAGACCCCUCUCCUAUAAAACAGAGGAGAAUGAAAGUCACUUGCUGACUUCAAUAUUUCUCUCUCUCUCCAUCCAUCUUUCCUCUCUUGCAUGAAAACUUUCUCCCCUUUUAUAAUGUCACAUGCCUACCACCCCCAGCAGCCCCCUUUACAUUGGACAUGCCUACAACUCCCAGCAGCCCUCUUUACAUUGGACAUGUCUACAACUUCCAGCAGCCACAAACGAGUUUCACCAAGAGUGCUGCAUGGGUGUAGAGACAUUUGUACUCCUCUGGUGCCCUUCAGUUUAGAGAUCCAACACGAUUUUAAAUUUAGUAGUGAGUCUGAGGCACUCAAGAGGAUAUUUGUCAGUGAAAAAAAGCCUUUACUGAGCUUGGCUAUCAAUUAAAAUCAUGCCAACAUGUUUCAGCCAAAUGGCCUUUCUCAGGGCAGCUCAGUAAAGGCUUUAUACUUACAAAUAUCCUCUUGAGUGCCUCAGACUCACUACUAAAUUUGAACUCCCAGCCGCCCCCAUCAGAGUGGACAAGGCUCUCAUAUCAACCCACACACACUGCUAUGCUAAGGGACCUACUUACAGUGAAGAGGGACAUUUGGGGGAUUUUCUGUGAUGUUAGUUUCUGUUUGACUCUGUCGAUCUGACGUCCAGUGAUUUAGUGUUGGAGUCAGAGCCCACUGUCUGACUACACAGGGAGUGCUGUUCCAGGGGUGGCCUGUGGGGGCAGUAGAGAGGGUAAACCCAUCUCAUCAAUGUUUCAUGGCCACUUCCAACCAUUAGUGCCCUCUUCUCUUACCACACACACACACACAAACACACACACACAUCCAUUUGCGCAUCUAUUUGGAGAUCUGUUUCCAAAUGGUAUCACUCAAGGGAUUGUCCUUUUCUCCUCUGCUCUGAGCUGGGAUUCUGUCACACACCCCCACACACACACACAUACACAUAUCCUCUGCUCUGAGCUUGUUGUCUGACCCUGACUUACUCUUAA